AUGGCGUCCCCGCGGAGCUCAGAGUCCACAUGCACGGCGCAGACCAUCCGCGGCACGCACCAGUUCGAGGUCGUCCGCUAUAGCCUCCACAAGGGCACCGGCGUCCGCAAAUUCGUCACCUCCGGCGCCUUCACCGUGGGUGGCUACAAGUGGGCGAUUCGCUACUACCCCGACGGCGAGUCGUCCAACGCGUUUGUGUCAGUGUACGUCGUGCUCACCACCAAGAACGCCCGCGCGAGGGCGCUUCUGAGGCUGAUCGAUCGGACCACCGGGCUGUCGUGCUCGGUGUACCGGCGUGGCGAGGUGACGGUCUUUGCGCAGAAAAACGACAGGAAGUGCGCCAGGGGCAUCCGCACCUUCAUGUGCAAGACCGACCUGGAGGCGUCGCCGUACCUGCGGGACGACCGCCUCACCGUCGAGUGCGUUCUUGACGUUGUGCAGGACGCGGUGGUGACCCGGGCAACGCCAUCGGUGGAGGUCGUGGUGCCCGUCUCCGACCUGCCGGCGCACCUCGGCAGGCUGCUGGAGGAGCAGGAGGGCGUGGACAUCACGUUCGACGUCAUGGGGGAAAUGUUCCACGCGCACAAGAUCGUGCUCGCCAUGCGGUCGGCGGUGUUCAAGGCGCAGCUUUACGGUCCGAUGAGGGAGAAGGACGCGCGGCUCAUCGUCGUCGGCGACAUGCAGCCUCUGGUCUUCAAGGCUCUGCUGCACUUCGUCUACACCGACGCGCUGCUCGUCCUGGACGACCUCGCCGCUGAGGAGUACAGAGAUCUGAUGCGGCAUCUGCUCGAGGCCGCCGAUCGGUACGCCAUGGAGAGGUUGAAGCUGGUUUGCGAGCUCGUCCUUGGCAGAACUCUUGAUACCCAGACGGUGACGACCACGCUGGCGCUGGCUGAUCAGCAUUGUUGCAAGGGUCUCAAAGAUGUGUGCGUUCAGUUCAUGUCCUCUGUAGGACUGAAGGAAUAA